GGCGGGCGGGGGCGGCUCCUCGGCCGGUUCCCCGGGGCGGGGCGGGCGGCGCCGGCGGCUCGGCCGGUCGCGGGUUGGCACCGAGCGGAGCGGAGCGAUGAUCCGCCGGGAAGACACUGAACGGGCAGUGGAAAUUCUAACCAGAUACCAAAGCACCCUGCGGUCUCCGGAGGAGCAGGAGCUAAAAGCCUCCAUUGGAAAAGUCUCGCACAUCUUUCAAAGUGAACUCUUCCAGGCUCUGCUGGAUAUCCAUGAAUUCUACGAUUUCACGCUGCGCUCUGCACCCCUGCAGCCUCCCAGCCCGGACGCACGUCGCGACACAGCCAGGCAGCAGCGCGGGGCCAGCGAGCCCGGCUCCGCGGUCGCACCCAAAGAGCCCCAAAACCUCCCGGAGGAUCCGUCCUGGGAUGGUGAGCGGAGGCUUCCCGCAGGGGCUGGGGACGGCGCGCCGGGGACGCCGCCACGGCUGGUGAGGGUGACGGCCCGGAGGACGGAGGCGCCGGCCAGCGUCUGCAGCCUGGUGCUCGGCUCCCGCAGCGCCCUGCCCCAGGCCAACCCUGCUCCCAUUAUCGUGAACACAGACUCGCUGGAACAAGGGCUCUCUGUGAACGGCAGCGAUGGGAUGUUCAAAUACGAGGAGAUCGUCUUGGAAAGGGGUAAUUCUGGCCUCGGCUUCAGCAUAGCGGGAGGAAUCGACAACCCCCACAUUCCAGAUGACCCGGGAAUCUUCAUCACCAAAAUCAUCCCCGGGGGAGCGGCAGCCAUGGACGGCCGUCUGGGGGUGAACGACUGCGUGCUGCGGGUGAAUGACGUGGACGUCUCCGAGGUGGUGCACAGCAAAGCCGUGGAGGCCCUGAAGGAAGCGGGCCCCGUGGUGCGGCUCGUGGUGCGUCGCCGGCAGCCCCCGCCAGAGACCAUCAUGGAGGUCAACCUGAUGAAGGGUCCCAAAGGCCUGGGGUUCAGCAUCGCGGGGGGCAUUGGGAACCAGCACAUCCCCGGGGACAACAGCAUCUACAUCACCAAGAUCAUCGAGGGCGGCGCUGCCCAGAAGGAUGGGCGCCUGCAGAUCGGGGACCGGCUGCUGGCGGUGAAUAACACGAACCUGCAGGACGUGAGGCACGAGGAGGCGGUGGCCGCCCUGAAGAACACCUCUGACAUGGUGUACCUGAAAGUGGCCAAGCCCGGCAACAUCCACCUCAACGACAUGUACGCGCCCCCCGACUACGCCAGCACCUUCUCAUCCUUGGCUGACAACCACAUAAGCCAUAACUCCAGUCUGGGCUACCUGGGCAGCGUUGAGAGCAAGCCUGCCUACCCCGUCCCUCCCCAGGUGACUCCAUCCCGGUACUCGCCCAUCCCUCGGCACAUGAUCGGGGAUGAGGACUUCACAAGGGAGCCCCGGAAAAUCAUCCUGCACAAAGGCUCCACUGGUCUGGGCUUCAACAUCGUCGGGGGGGAAGAUGGCGAGGGGAUCUUCGUGUCCUUCAUCCUGGCCGGAGGCCCCGCCGACCUCAGCGGGGAGCUGCGGCGGGGAGACCGCAUCCUCUCGGUGAACGGCGUGAACCUCCGCAACGCCACCCACGAGCAGGCGGCGGCGGCGCUGAAGCGGGCGGGGCAGACGGUGACCAUCAUCGCGCAGUACCGGCCCGAAGAGUACAGCCGCUUCGAGUCCAAGAUCCAUGACCUGAGAGAGCAGAUGAUGAACAGCAGCAUGAGCUCCGGUUCCGGCUCGCUCCGGACAAGCGAGAAAAGAUCUCUCUAUGUCCGAGCCCUCUUUGACUACGACCGGACCCGGGACAGUUGCUUGCCCAGCCAGGGGCUCAGUUUCUCCUAUGGGGACAUCCUGCAUGUCAUCAAUGCCUCCGAUGAUGAGUGGUGGCAAGCCAGGCUUGUCACGCCCCAUGGCGAGAGCGAGCAGAUCGGGGUCAUCCCCAGCAAGAAAAGGGUGGAAAAGAAGGAGAGAGCACGGUUGAAAACAGUGAAGUUCCACGCCAGGACUGGCAUGAUUGAGUCCAACAGGUCGAUCAAAACGAAACGUAAAAAGAGUUUCCGCCUCUCUCGAAAGUUUCCAUUUUACAAGAGCAAAGAGAACCUGGCCCAGGAGAGCAGCGGACAGGAACAGGGCGUGACAUCAAACACCAGUGACAGCGAGAGCAGUUCCAAAGGACAAGAGGACACCAUCCUGUCGUAUGAGCCAGUGACGCGGCAAGAAAUUCACUAUGCGAGGCCGGUGAUCAUCCUGGGGCCGACAAAGGACCGAAUUAACGACGAUCUCAUCUCCGAAUUCCCACACAAGUUUGGUUCCUGUGUGCCACACACCACCAGACCUCGGCGCGAGAACGAGGUGGACGGACAAGACUACCAUUUCGUGGUAUCCCGUGAGCAAAUGGAGAAGGACAUCCAGGACAACAAGUUCAUAGAGGCUGGGCAGUUCAAUGACAACCUCUACGGGACCAGCAUUCAGUCAGUGCGGGCAGUGGCGGAGAGGGGGAAACACUGCAUCCUGGACGUGUCUGGCAAUGCUAUCAAGAGGUUGCAACAAGCACAACUUUAUCCCAUUGCCAUUUUCAUCAAACCAAAAUCCAUCGAAGCUCUCAUGGAGAUGAACCGGAGACAGACGUAUGAACAGGCCAACAAGGUCUUUGACAAAGCCAUGAAACUUGAGCAAGAGUUUGGAGAGUAUUUUACAGCCAUCGUACAAGGAGACUCUCUUGAAGAGAUUUACAGCAAAAUCAAACAGAUCAUUGAGGACCAGUCCGGGCACUACAUCUGGGUCCCGUCCCCAGAGAAACUCUGAAGAUGUCCUCCACCUGCUACCCUGUGAGCAGAAGAUCUCCGAAGUCCCACCCCACCCGAGCCCUCUGCCCCAAGGAGGGGGGAUAUGAAAACUAUUCCUGCCCCCUUUUUUUAGAUCGUCGCAAAAUUGAGUUUUUCUAGUCCUGUUUCUUUUGUUGGGAUGAACUCAUUCAUCACGUGACUGUUCCCACCGUUCCUGCAUGGACCUUCCCACUGCUCCAUUAGAGACAGAUGAGAAUCCGUUCAAGGUCGUUUUUUAUUAUUAUUAUUAUUAUUAUUAUUAUUAACUAAACCAAGAAUCAAGAUGGGAGGAGGCAGCUAAGGACUAACGUAAGAAACAAGUGAGCCAAUGGACUCUGGGCACACGAGCUAGUAUCAGAGCUCCAGGGGCAUUUUUCCAAGUGUGACUGUCUAGCAGCUCUGAACAGUGCGACAGAAAGGCAGCAGAAAGCUUUUUAUUUAUCUGUAUAUGUAAUUUAUAUAUAAUAUAGAGAGAGAUAUUAUAUAUAUAUUAUAUAUAUAUAUAUGUAUGUGGACUAGGAAACCUGAGGGACCUCUCUUAAAAGGUAUUGUAUUAUUGCAAGGAUCUUUCAGUUUCUCUGUCCCAACGGCUGGGCGUAGGGAGUCCACUUGGGCAUGAAGAGCUCAAAACGGUACCAGGUGCUUGGGAAGCGUCUCCCGUGGGGGCAGCCUCCUGCCCGCCGCCCCGGGUCUGCGAGGCAGAGCAGAGACUGGUAUGCUGCCUGCGCAGGAGGGACCAGGGGUCCAGAGUAACACGGCAAGGAGCAGCAGCCGCCACGAGCGCGGCUGGCAGAGACAGAGACUGAGCAGGAGGCUGCAGAGCAAGAGAAUGGAUGAUGCUACAUAUUAAAUUGCACAUUGUUUUACACACCA